GAUGGCGCUGUUGUAGCAGUUUGGGAUGGUGUGGUGUGUGUUUGUGUGGUUAGCAACGGAAUUUCUCAAGAAGUCGGAAGCAAAAACUUUUUUGGAAUUCACGGUUUCGUUGUGCAGUACAAGGGGCAAGCCAGCAUGGCGCAGGCGGGCACGCAGCUAACGGUCAGCGAGCUAGCGCUAAUCAAAGCGGCGGUGGCCGUAGCGUCCGGCAAUGCCAGCCAGCGGCCACUGCAGCCGCUUACGCAGAACAGCCUGCAGGAGUUUGGGCGCGAGCUGCUGCAGCAGGCCGCCGAUGGCAAGGUGGACCGCAUCAAGGAGCUCAUAAAGCAGGGAGCGCCCUUCACCACCGACUGGCUGGGCACAUCUCCGCUGCACAUGGCCGCCAUGUACGGCCACUACGAGGUGGCCGAGGUGCUGCUGGCGGCCGGCAUCUCGCGCGACGCGCGCACCAAGGUCGAUAAGACGCCGCUGCACCUGGCCGCCACCGAGGGCUUCACCAACAUCGUGGAGCUGCUGCUCAUGAACCACGCCGACGUCAACGUCAGAGACAUGCUGAACAUGACGCCUCUGCAUUGGGCGGUGGAGAGAGCUCACAUCGAGUGCAUUGAGUGGCUGCUUCGAUGCGGCUCGGAUGUAACCGUCAAGAACAAAUUCGACAAGACCCCCAGAGAUAUUGCCUGUGACAAUGGGCAUCCGGGAAUCAUGGAAAUGUUGGAGAAUUACGAGGUGUACCGGGCGGACAACCCGCGGACUCAGCCGGAGCGGGUGGAGAACACCGCCUCGGCCACCGAGGACGCCGUCAACAGCAUCUUGCCGGAGCUGACGCGCGCGCCGCUGUGUGUGGACGCGGCCGAGCCGGCGCCCGAGCCGCCACCUGAGCUGCCGGACUCGCCGGCGGCGGCCACCUCGCCGGGGCUGCAGCUGCCCGAGCUGUCUCCGACCGACCAGGCAGGGAAGCGCGAGGCGCUGCGACUGCUCGCCUCGCACGGCAUCACCAUGCUGCCCGUGGAGGACACGAGCACGCUGCCGGCGGCGCUGGCCGCGGGGAAGACCAUCUCGCUCACCGCGGCCGGCGCCCUGGCGCUCGGUCUCAGUAAACCGAAGACGCCGGCUGGGUCUUCAACCGACAGCAAAGUGGGCGGCGGCGGCGGCAGCGGGCGGACGGCGGCGCCGGUCACCACCUCGGCCGCCCCCGCCCCGGCCCCGGCCGCGCCGCCGCUAGGCGCCGGCAAACCGCGCGGCAAGGUCUCCAAGAUCAUCAAGCUGACGCCGGAGCAGUUCGCGCAGCUGACAGGCGGCCGCGGCAAGUCUGCCACCGUGGCCGGCAAGGCGGCGCCGCUCCAGCUGAAGCUGCCCUUCUCGACCGGCGGCAAGCCGCCCGACCCGGCCAGCGCCGCCAAGCGGCUCAAGUUUGUGCCUGUCGGCGCGGCGGCGGGCGGCACCAAUGGGCUGACCGAGCAGCCGGCCGGCCGCCUACCGGUGGGUGUGCUGAGCCCGGCGGCGGCAGAGCGGCUCGGCGCCAGCCCCGAGUCCUCAGUGCCCGCCCCCGUGGUGUCGUCGUCUUCGGCCGGAGACGCGGCGUCGCUGCGCGCGCGGCUGGCGGCCGCCGAGCGCGAGGCCGACCGGGCGCGACAGGUGUGCCGCGAGCGCGAGGCCGAGGUGGAGCGGUGUCGCCAGCUGCUGGCGGCCGCCGAGGCGGCGGCGCGCUGACCCGGCGCCGGCCGGCGGAGAAAAUGACCGACAGCCCGAGACGUGACGCGCCGCCCGUCAGCCGGCACCGGAUCGGCUCACGGACGCCCCACCGAGAUGUGCUGUUUUACAUUUCACCAGCGCUACAGUUGUCCCGUGCAAUUUUGUUACACCAGUAUUUCACGAAGGCUGUCGUGAGCGGUCAUUUUCUACGUCGGCGUUCGUAUGCCUCGUUAUUUAUAUUGUACCUGAUUGUUGUCUCAUGUGCGCCCGCAUUCCUCGUGUUUCACCCGUGUACCAUGCUCAUUCCAUACUGCCAUAUGUGAGGCGUGUAUCAUGGAAUACAGAGUCGAUUUCUAG